AUGGCUAUCCCUCAGGUCAACGGCGACACCUCGAGCCUGGCUCACAACUCGGCCUUUAUCCAGCAUCUGCUCAACUACCCCCUCAUCAGCGACGGCAUCCACACCUUCAAGUCCAACGAGUAUGGCCAGCGCUCCAUCAAGCUCGGCGACUCGGCCUACCAGACCUUUGCCCGCCCCGUCAUCCCCUGGUUCGCCAAGCCCUACCAGUACAUCUCGCCCUACGUCCAAAAGGCAGACUCCAUCGGCGACAAGACGCUCGACCGCUUCGACGAGCACUUCCCCGUCGUCCGGAAGCCCACCAGCGAGCUCUACAGGGACACGCGUAGCCUGAUCCUCCUGCCCCUCAACAAGGGUCUCGAGGGCCGCGACCACGUCUUCAAGGUCUACGCCGCAGAGGUCAAGAAGACGGAGCAGCAGGGCAUCGUCGCCCAGGGCAAGGCCGCCGUCUCCACCGCCAUCGUCGUCAGCAACGAGACCCUGUGCUGGCUCGGCAGCCUGCUCUCCGCCAAGAAGGCCGAGGCCACAAAGGCCGUCAACGACAAGGUCCAGCAGUAG